AUGCCCCCUGGGGUCUAUGGUUUGCAAGGCAUUUGGGAGGAUGGAGGCCAGCAAGUGGACAUGGAUUUCCUGCUCCCAACAGGGAUUUACCUGAACUUUGCUGUGUCGCGUAAUGACACCAUCCGGACCAUCAAGAAGAUUGUAUGGAAGAAUGCAAAGAAGGAGCCUCUCUUCUAUGCCCUGAGUGACCCAGAUGCGUAUGUGUUCACCUGUAUCAAUCAUACGGCGGAGCAGGAGGAGCUGGAAGACGAACAGAGGCGCCUUUGUGAUGUCCAGCCCUUGAUGCCCAUCCUACGGCUCGUGGCUCGAGAGGGCGACCGAGUAGAAAAGCUCAUAACGUCUCAGAUAAGCCUAUUGAUUGGCAAAGGACUUCACGAGUUUGACUCCCUAAAAAACCAAGAAGUUCAUGAGUUUCGGACAAAGAUGAGGGCGUUCUGUGAGGAGCGGGCACUGGAUCGCCAGAGGCUGCCUUGGCAAAAAUGGAUGGAGUACAGUUUUCCAUGUGAACUUGAGCCUUGUCCCUUGAGUGGAACCCUGAAAACCCAAGGGAUCAAAAAAAUCAUUGUUAAUGUAAAAUUUGAAGCUAGUGAUGAAAGCUUCACGCUACAAGUGGAACCUCAAGAAGUACCACUGACCCUAAUACGGAACGCACUAAAAAAGAAGGCCACCGUCUUUCGGCCAAUGAAGCAAGAGAAACCAGAGGAUUACACCUUACAGGUUAAUGGCAGAUGGGAUUAUAUUUACGGGAAUUACCCGCUCUGCCAAUUUAAAUACAUCUUUAACUGCCUGUGCACUGGUCUUACUCCACACUUGACCAUGGUCCAUCACUCCACUAUCAACAAGUUUCAAGAGGAGCAGGGUGGCAUGAACAGUCAGGUUUCCAAAAACCGUCCCCCCACGAAACCCCCCCCACUACCACUAAAGAAGCAAACCACAUCCUCCCUGUGGUCCAUUCAGGAUCCCUUUGUCUUACACCUGGUCCAAGGAAGUCGAGUUAAUGCUGAUGAAGGGAUGAAGCUGGUGGUGCAGGCUGGCCUCUUCCACGGCAGCGAGCUGCUCUGCAAGGUGAUGACCAGCAGCGAGGUGAACGUCUGCUCAGAGCCAGUCUGGGACCAGAAGCUGGAGUUCGACAUCAGUGUGUGCGACCUGCCGCGAAUGGCCCGCCUCUGCUUCGCUCUAUAUGCUGUGACUGAGAAGAGCAAGAAGCCUCGAUCCACUAAGAAGAAGAACAAGAAAGCUGAUUGUCCUUUGUCAUGGGUGAAUACAAUGGUGUUUGAUUACAAAGACCAGCUUAAGACUGGAGAAUAUAACCUGUCUAUGUGGCCUUCGGUGCCUGAUGAUAAAAGUGAACUUUUGAACCCAAUGGGUACUGUGGAAAUAAAUCCCAACACUGAGAGCGCGGCAGGCCUUCUGAUCCGCUUUCCAAAUAUCCGGCCGCAUCCGAUCUACUAUCCAUCACUUAGCAAGACUUAUGACAUCCGAAUAAAUGGAAACAGAGCUGAAGCUACGAAAGAGGAGCACAUGAAACUGAGGGAGAUAGUGGAAAAUAAAAACUACACUGAGUUUUUUGAGGAUGACAAGGAGAUUUUAUGGAAGCUACGCUAUGAAAUGUUUGAGAAAUACCCAGAGAGUUUGUCCAAAUUGCUCCUCAUCACCAAAUGGAACAAGCAUGAAGAUGUAGCGCAGAUGGUCAGUCUCCUGCAGCUGUGGCCUGAACUCCCAGCUCUGCAUGCCUUGGAGCUCCUGGAUUACAGCUUCCCUGAUCCCAAUGUCCGCUCCUUCACAAUAAGGUGUCUAAGAAGGCUCAGUGAUAAUGAGCUUUUCCAGUAUUUGCUCCAGCUGGUUCAAGUCCUGAAGUAUGAGCCUUACCUUGACUGCGAAUUGUCAAAAUUCCUCCUACAAAGAUCCCUUUCCAACAGGAAGAUUGGACAUUUCUUGUUUUGGCAUUUAAGGUCAGAAAUGCAUGUGCCUUCAGUAGGCCUGUGCUUUGGGCUCAUUCUGGAGGCCUACUGCCGGGGGAGCAUCUACCACAUGAAGGCUUUAAUGAAACAGAAUGAAGCUUUAAACAAGAUGAAAUCCUUGAAUGACUUUGUAAAGUCAGCUUCUCAGAAAGGCACCCGGACGCAGACCACAGGAGACAUGAAGGUGUGCAUCAAGCAAGAAGCUUAUCUGGAAGCUCUGUCUGAUCUGCUGUCACCCCUCAAUCCAAGCCUCAUCCUCUCUGAAAUAUGUCCAGACAUAUGCAAGUACAUGGAUUCUAAGAUGAAGCCGCUGUGGCUGGUCUACAAGAACGAGAAGGUGCAAGGGGAACCACUUGGCAUUAUAUUCAAGAAUGGAGAUGACCUUCGACAAGACAUGUUGACUCUCCAAAUGAUAGAGUUGAUGGAGAUUCUUUGGAAAAAAGAGGGACUGGACCUGAGGAUGAUCCCUUAUGGGUGUCUCUCGACUGGAAACAAGACGGGCCUGAUCGAGGUGGUGAAGAACUCAGACACCAUCGCCAACAUUCAGCGUAACAACAGCAAUAACGCUGCAACAGCAGCGUUCAACAAGGACGCUCUGCUCAACUGGCUGAAGUCCAAAAAUCCAGGAGAUAAACUGGAUCAAGCCAUUGAGGAAUUCACUCUGUCCUGUGCUGGCUACUGUGUAGCCACUUAUGUUUUGGGAAUUGGUGACAGACAUAGUGACAAUAUAAUGAUCAGGGAGACGGGCCAGCUGUUUCACAUUGAUUUUGGACACUUCCUUGGAAACUUUAAGAGCAAGUUUGGCAUCAAUAGAGAACGAGUGCCAUUCAUUUUGACCUAUGACUUUGUUCAUGUAAUUCAGCAAGGAAGAACCAAUAACAGCGAGAAGUUUGAAAGAUUCCGGGAGUACUGCGAACUGGCCUACAAGAUCCUUUGUCGAAAUGGGACCCUGUUUGUGAAUUUAUUCUCCCUAAUGCGGGCUGCGGGACUCCCUGAGCUGAGCUCCUCCAAGGAUAUCCAGUACCUUAAGGACUCGUUAGCACUGGGGAGGUCAGAAGAGGAGGCCCUGAAGAACUUUAAAGUGAAAUUUAACGAGGCGCUCCGCGAGAGCUGGAAGACGAAGGUAAACUGGAUGGUCCACAGUGUUUCUAAGGACAACAGAUGAUUAUGGACAUAAAGGACAAAUGUUUACUAUCGUUUUAGGAAUCAACCUUGGGACUAUAAAUAUUUAAUUUAACUGAUAAGAAGGAAAGGGGUUGUUCUCCUUAAAAUUCAUGUAAAUAUCAUUAAUCAUUUUGAUUAUGUAUUUACAUUGGAAAUGUAAUAUUUAUUGAAAAAGAUGCACAUCUUACAAAAAAAUGUAUGUGGAAUUUCAAUGAGUAACUGCUCAUACUCUGUGGAUAUAAAGGAAAAAGAACACUUGUUGUGUUAGAAAAGUGUUUACAUCCAUUUUGGAUGGUUAUAUAUCUAUUUAUUUGUAUUUCUUUAUGUUUGUAUUUUUCAAAUAUGGUUAGAUCCAUUUGUAUUUUUUGAGUGUCAAAAUAUUUAUGAAGAACCUAUGCAGACAAUCAGAAGAAUGUCCAAAACAAGACUUAUUCCGCUUUCAAAAGCAGAAAUAUGUGGUAAAGUUUAUUCACCUUUUUGUAGCUGUUCAUGCAGUUUACACAAUAAUUGUUGCUACAUGUUACAUUUGUGCUACACGCGACACUUUCGGGGUUGUGAUGUAUUUGCUAUUAGAAAUUUCACAUAAAACGUUUUAAAAUAAAUGAAUAAAACAAAAGUCAAGCUCAGCUAAUUUUUGGUGACAGAUGGAGCAAAAACCCUGCAUAUUCUGUUGAUAAGUAAGAGCAAAAGAUAAUUACCACUGAUAUGAUAUGAUGUUGUUUAAGUAGCUAAAGAAUGCAUUCAAUUCAUAUUCUAAACCUAGAAUAAUUACAAGCUAUGUAAAUAUGCUGGGAUUCCAGCAGCACGCUUUGGUAUCUCAGCAUCUUCUACUGAUGCUGCAGUGCAGUUUCAUAGGAGGUGCCACAUGUAUGGAUUAGGGAUGUGCAUCUCCGUCGCUGAGGCUGAUGUGAUACACGUCUCCAUGUAUCGCCAGUGAUCUGAUACAUUAAAGAAACGUAUGAGGCAGCCAAUAAUGUGAUACGAUAUGAUUCAGAGAGGAGCAAUAGCAUUAUGAACUUUUAUGCUAGUACACCAAUGCGUGAAUCUUCCCAUCCCUAGUAUGGAUGCAUAAUGACAAACCAGCAGGAAGAAAAGUGUCUCUCCUGUUUUUGGUGCACAGUCAAUUAUCCAUUCUAUUAAAAUGGAAAUCUGAAAGACUGAGGACCAGUAGCUAAUCAGCAGGUCCUCAGUGUCCAUCAUAACCUACACGCUGUAGCAUAAAGUGAAAACUGGAGCAGUUGACCAAUCGUGAGAUGUCAUUCUCGUAGAGCAGUGGGUAUCCAUCCUCCUUGACGCAAAGACGUCGAUUGAGGUGUACAGUGUAAUCAAUGCUUCUUUUUGAUGACUUUUCAAACCUUCCUUCUUGCUGAAUAAAUCUAGAUUUCCUAAUAUCUGUUUAAGUCUUCCUUUUUUUCAGUCUUGGAAUGGUUUGCACAUAUUCUCUUUAACAAUGUCAUUAUCUUACACCUCUAAAAAAGACAUCAUCCUCAACAGAUUACAUAAAUUUACUGCACCUUAUGCUUUGCAAGGAUUGUGUCAAUUUCUCUUCAGGAUGGUAAAAGUGCUUUUUAACAAAGUUUUGUUAUUAAUUUCUCUCUUUGUGUAUUUGCAAUAUUUCUGAUGGGAUGAAAUGUUUACAAAGCAUGACAUAUGCAGCCUUAAAGUUUUGUUGUAGGAAAUGUAAAAUCAUUGGAAAUACCGCAAAUAAAUGUUUUCCCUAUAUUUCA